CAGUGAUUUUUUCUUUCAGCAGCCGGGGCGGGGAGACGGACGCAGACAAGCGGGUAGAGAGUGGAGCGAUGCGGCGGGGCCUGGAGCGGCUGCUGUAGUGCGAGGAGCGGCCUCCCCGUCAUCCUCUGUCAGGAUUUCGGCAGAACUAUGUACCUCGGGACCCGCGUCUCAGUGCCUCUCCCCUGAUUGCUGCAUAUUUACAUCCGGCUUUUAAUAUCCCAGCAGCUGCUCACAGACACAUGGUGGAUAGCUGUCAUUCCCUGGAUUGCCAAGCCCUCUCCAGCCCAUCUCACAGAAGAGACGACCACGAGGAUCUGAUCCCUGACGGAGCUGCUGCAGCCCCCUGGUUUGUCUCCUCCACUGGUGUGUGCUCCAGCGCCCCCUAACCAUGGAGCAAGGAAUGGAUUACUGGGUGGCCCAGAUACAACAGAAGGAUGUUAAUAAAAGGCUCCAAGUGGGACCAGACCUAAUAGAUUUCUUCUCAGAUCGGCAGAAGUCUGCGGACCUUGAACAGGACCAGACUCUGCUGGAUAGGAUGGUUGAUGGCCUCGCAACCUCCUGGGUCAACUCCAGCAAUUAUAAGGUCGCUCUGCUGGGGAUGGACAUCUUAUCAGCGCUGCUGACACGGCUGCAGGAUCGCUUCAAGUCGCAUAUUGGGACAGUUCUGCCCAGUCUGAUCGACCGAUUGGGGGAUGCGAAAGACUCGGUGAGAGAACAGGAUCAGACGCUGCUGGUGAAGAUGAUGGAGCAGUCGUCCAGCCCGCAGUAUGUCUGGGAUCGGAUGCUUGGAGGCUUUAAACACAAGAACUUCCGCACUCGGGAGGGCGUCUGCCUCUGCCUUAUCGCCACUCUUAACACAUAUGGAGCAAACAGCCUGACACUGAGCAAGUUUGUACCUCAUAUAUGUAACCUGCUUGGGGACCCCAAUAGCCAGGUCCGAGAUGCCGCAAUAAAUUGCCUGGUUGAAAUCUACAGACACGUUGGCGAGCGCGUGCGCUCCGACCUCAGCAAGAAAGGGCUCCCUCAGUCCCGACUGAAUGUGAUUUUCUCCAAAUUUGACGAAGUCCAGAGAUCGGGGGCCAUGAUCCAGUCGUCGCUGGAUAAAAACUUUGAUGAUGAAGAUUCUGUCGAUGGGAACAGGCAGUCAUCCGCCAGCUCCACUGCAUCCGCUAAAGUGCCACCAUCUGCCCGCAAACCGGUGACUAUGGGGACGGCUCGGAGGCCGGGGACGACUGCAGUGUCCACCAAAACUGCAGGACCCAAGGAAGGGGCCGGCGCCAUAGACGAGGAAGACUUCGUCAGAGCCUUCGAAGACGUCCCCACCGUGCAGAUCUACUCUGCCAGGGACCUGGAGGAACAAAUCAAUAAAAUCCGGGAAAUCCUGUCUGAUGAUAAGCAUGACUGGGAGCAGAGGAUCACCGCGCUUAAGAAGAUCCGCUCUUUGCUCUUGGCCGGAGCAGCAGAAUACGACAACUUCUUCCAGCACCUCCGUCUGCUGGAUGGAGCGUUCAAGCUUUCCGCCAAGGACUUGCGCUCCCAGGUGGUUCGAGAAGCCUGUAUCACCCUGGGGCACCUCUCGUCCGUCCUGGGGAAUAAAUUUGACCAUGGAGCUGAAGCCAUUAUGCCUACAGUUUUCAACUUAGUUCCCAACAGUACCAAAAUCAUGGCGACCUCUGGCGUGGUAGCCAUCCGGUUAAUAAUCCGUCAAACACAUGUCCCGAGGCUAAUACCGAUCAUUACGAGUAACUGCACCUCCAAGUCUGUGGCGGUUCGAAGACGUUGUUAUGAAUUUCUGGAUUUACUUCUACAAGAAUGGCAGACGCACUCACUGGAAAGGCACAUAUCGGUGUUAGCGGAAACCGUCAAGAAGGGAAUCCAUGAUGCAGACUCUGAAGCCAGAAUUGUCGCUCGAAAAUGUUACUGGGGUUUCCACAGUCACUUCAGUCGAGACGCAGAACAUUUAUACCACAAUCUGGAGUCCUCCUAUCAGAAGGCUCUUCAGUCUCAUCUCAAGAGCUCCGACAGCAUCGUCUCCCUCCCUCAAUCAGACCGCUCCUCAUCCAGCUCCCAGGAAAGUCUAAAUCGCCCCCUGUCUGCCAAGAGAAGUCCCCCUGGAAGUUCAGCAUCUAGAGUUUCAACAGCAGCAGUGAAGACUGCAGCAACUCCGGGCUCCCUGCAGCGCUCCCGCAGCGACAUUGAUGUGAAUGCGGCAGCCAGCGCCAAGUCUAAAGUAGCGUCCUCUGCCACACCUGCACCUUUCAGUUCAGCAGCUGCGCUGCCCCCCGGCUCCUAUGCAUCUCUAGGACGGAUCCGCACGAGGAGGCAGAGCUCAGGAAGCAACAGCAGCGUCGCCUCCGCUCAGCCGGACACCCGGGGACGAAGCAGAGCCAAGAUUGUGUCGCAGUCGCAGCCCGGCAGCCGCUCCAGUUCUCCUGGCAAAUUGUUGAGCAGUGGAUAUGGUCUAGCAACCAGUGCGCAGAGGGUCCCGCAGAUCCCAACCUCUGAGAAACGGAGCAAGAUCCCCCGCAGUCAAGGCUGCAGCCGCGAGACCAGCCCCAGCAGGAUAGGACUGGCCCGGAGCAGCCGCAUCCCCCGACCCAGCAUGAGUCAGGGGUGCAGCCGCGACACCAGCCGAGAGAGCAGCCGGGAUACAAGUCCCGCCAGGGGCUUUGCACCUCUUGCCUCUCGACGUCAUUCCAGGUCCACUAGUGCGCUCUCCACCUCCGAGUCUGUGGGGCAGUCAGAUCGCUAUGGGAUCGGCCAGUCGGGCAGAAUACCGUCCUCCAUGAACGCCAUGAGGGUGCUCAGCUCCAGUACAGACCUGGAGGCCGCCGUGGCUGAUGCACUGCUGCUGGGAGACCCCAGGAAUAAGAAAAAGCCGGUGAGGAGACGAUACGAGCCGUAUGGGAUGUACUCCGAUGACGAUGCAAACAGUGACGCCUCUAGUGCGUGCUCAGAAAGAUCUUACGGUUCAAGAAAUGGUGGGAUCCCUCACUACCUGCGCCAGACCGAAGAUGUGGCAGAGGUGCUGAACCACUGCGCCAGCUCCAACUGGUCAGAGAGGAAAGAGGGGCUGAUCGGCCUGCAGAACCUGCUGAAAAGCCAGAGGACGCUCAGCCGUGUGGAGCUGAAGAGGCUCUGUGAAAUCUUCACUCGGAUGUUUGCAGACCCCCACAGUAAGAGAGUCUUCAGCAUGUUCCUGGAAACAUUGGUGGAUUUUGUCAUCAUCCACAAGGACGAUCUCCAGGACUGGCUUUUCAUAUUACUCACACAGCUUCUGAAGAAAAUGGGCGCCGACCUGCUCGGCUCUGUGCAGGCCAAAGUGCAGAAGGCCUUGGAUGUGACCAGGGAUUCCUUCCCAUUCGAUCAGCAGUUUAACAUUCUGAUGAGAUUCAUCGUGGAUCAGACGCAGACUCCGAACCUGAAGGUGAAAGUCGCCAUCCUGAAGUACAUCGAGUCUCUGGCCCGGCAGAUGGACCCCACAGAUUUUGUGAACUCCAGUGAGACACGACUCGCCGUCUCCCGAAUUAUCACUUGGACGACGGAACCAAAGAGCUCAGAUGUAAGAAAGGCGGCACAGAUUGUCCUGAUCUCUCUGUUUGAGCUGAACACACCGGAGUUCACCAUGUUACUGGGAGCGCUGCCGAAAACCUUCCAGGACGGCGCCACCAAACUACUGCACAACCAUCUGAAGAACUCCAGCAACAGCAGCAUGGGCUCCCCAAGCAACACAAUGGGCCGAACCCCCUCCCGACAUUCAAGCAGCCGGUCAAGUCCCUUAACGUCUCCAACUAACUGUUCUCACGGUGGCCUCUCCCCGAGUUUGCUGGAUUAUGACACUGAAAACCUGAAUUCUGAUGAAAUCUACAGUUCCCUCCGAGGAGUCACUGAAGCCAUAGAGAAAUUCAGCUUCCGCAGCCAAGAGGAUCUCAACGAGCCGUUGAAGAGGGAUCCAAGGAAGGACGGCGAUCUGGUCUCCCGUGAGGCUGGAAUGGCGUCUCCUGUCAGUGACCUCCGUAGCGGAUCGGACAUGGUUGAAGGCGGUCGGAUGGCGCUCGACAACAAGACUUCAUUGCUAAACACCCAGCCGCCUCGAGCGUUUACUGGGCCACGUGGGCGAGACUACAGCCCCUAUCCCUACUCCGACUCCAUCAACAGUUAUGACAAGACCGCCCUGAAGGAAGCCGUGUUUGACGACGACAUGGACCAGCUACGAGAUGUUUCUAUUGACCACUCUGACCUGGUCGCCGACCUGUUAAAGGAACUGUCCAAUCACAACGAGCGGGUGGAGGAGAGGAAAGGCGCGCUGUGCGAGCUGCUGAAGAUCACACGAGAGGACAACCUGGGGGUCUGGGAAGAGCAUUUCAAAACCAUCCUCCUCCUCCUCCUGGAGACUCUGGGAGACAAAGACCACGCGAUUCGAGCUUUGGCGUUAAGAGUUCUCCGGGAAAUCCUGCGGAACCAACCGGCGAGGUUUAAAAACUACGCAGAGCUGACGAUCAUGAAGACGCUGGAGGCGCACAAGGAUUCUCACAAAGAGGUUGUCAGAGCAGCAGAAGAAGCUGCCUCCACCCUGGCGAGCUCUAUCCAUCCGGAGCAGUGCAUCAAGGUCCUGUGUCCCAUCAUCCAGACGGCCGACUACCCCAUCAACCUCGCCGCCAUCAAAAUGCAGACUAAAGUCAUUGAGCGCAUCUCAAAGGAGUCGCUGCAUCAGAUCCUGCAGGAUAUCAUCCCCGGCUUAUUACAGGGCUAUGACAACACGGAGAGCAGCGUCCGUAAAGCGAGCGUCUUCUGUCUGGUAGCCAUUUAUUCUGUGAUUGGAGAGGAACUGAAACCUUACCUGGCGCAGCUCACAGGCAGCAAGAUGAAACUUCUGAACUUGUACAUUAAAAGGGCGCAGACCACGAACAGCAAUAGCAGCUCGUCCUCCGACGUCUCCACACACAGUUAGUGGCAUCGUUCUGUCCUGGGGCGGCUUCUAGAAAGUGGCAUCUGAGCGUGCGCCAGCACCUUCCGUGCGCAGGACGUGUCCGAUGGCGGCCACAACUAACACUAAUAGAAUUGACGACUUCACCACUGGAGAAGCCGGCGAGGCUCCCAGGGCUCCAGCGCUGAAGGGCUUUUAUUUGUCCAGAAAAUGCCGUUUCUCUUUUCCAUUUGCUGAAACUUCCUAAAACAAAUAAAAAACUGCCCAAUUCAGAGCGGCGAACGAAGACGCCAUCAGCUGCGCCUCUCGAGGGUUGAUGCAAUCAGUAUUUUAUUUAAAAUGUAUAUGAAUUCUCCGCUUCUUCUUCCUUCAUAAAUUGAAUGUAGAGAUUCCGGAUCCAGUGAUGAAUUCCUCCAAGGAAAACCGCCGCUCAGCGUUGGCGUUAGACGCUGCAGGCGCUGAUGGUUUGCAUCUCUUCUCUUUCCUGUCUUUCUUUCUGCUGUUUUAUUUUGUAAAUACUCGGUGCUCGUUUUACUGGCGCCGUAUCCGCAGAGGGAGCUGGUGACGCGGUGAGGGUCAGCGAAACACAUUAAAACAAUUUCACAUUCAGCGACUGGACAAGACCUUAAUUAGAUGUCCUCAGCGCGUGCGUCUGUGCCAUCUUGUGUGCACAGGAGAGUUCAGCAGUGAAGGCGCCAUUUUAUUGUUUCAGUAAAACGUCUGUCCAGCGUGAUGCAAGCGUCAAAGCUUUUAAAGGUUUUUUUUUUUUUUAACUUAAUCUCAGUGGUGACGAGAGUUGUCAGGGCGUUUUUUUUUUUUUUUGUUUCUUUUUACAUUCUCGACCUUUCGCUGUGAGUGAAGCUGCGCAUUGCGGAGGAAGCUCCGACUCCUUCCAGUAGAAGAGUCGUCGUUUUAAGUCUUAGUCCAAGUCUUUCUCCUGUGUAGACCUCACAAGAUGGCGGCUGCAGGGGCAGAGCUACAGAUGAUGCAUGAGAUGGUGUCUCCUAUGAGGACUGGCAGCGGAUGAACCUCGGUCACCAUGCAUAAAGCCCCGACUCGGCUCCUCCCGCCGCAGUUUAGUCACCUCUGUUCUCACUGUGCCGCCAUCUUGUGCAUCCAUCUGCUCAUCACGUGAGGCAGUUUUUGGUUCUUUACUUUGUUCCUUUAUUUAUAAGAUAUUUAAUCACCCUGUAAAUAGGAAGCUCCACAUGUUCCUCGUGAGGUUGAGGCGCCUGCCCUGUAUGUAUGAUGCUGUAAUGGAAGGCGUGGAUCAGCUCUCCUGAACCUGAUCUACUCCACCAGUGCUCCGGGCAAUUUGUAUAUGUAUCUUCGUGGCCUGUUGUUACGCCAGGUGCCCCCCCCCCCCCCCACCACCACCACGCAGGUGGAGUGCACCUCGGCCUUCAGUUUUGGAGUGCUCUGCUUGAUCCUUAUUGACUGUUAAGGUGUAAGUGUGGCGGCCGAGCCCCUCAGCCUCCGCGCUCCUGCGUACUUGUCAGAAGUGGCUGUCGGUCUAAUAAAUUAAACAUUACUUGGAA